AUGAUCGACCGAUUCCACAUUCCCACUGUCCGCCGUCCGGCCAAGCCACCGGCUACCGCCCACUGUCGCCCCUUCGCCGAGCACCACUGCCUUUUGUCCUCUGUCCCUUUGCGCUUACCCCCUCCAGCAGCCCAACCUCUUGCUGCCUCUACUAGUAUUUUGUACACUUUUAUUUUUUUUAAAUAUAAUGAAUAUGGUGCUCAAGGUAGAACUUAUACCCCACCUUUAGAUUCUCACAUCUUUUCCACAAGAAAAAACACAGGUAAACAAAUUAUAGAAAAUUCAAUAAGCUUAAUUCUAUUGUAUAUUCAGAAUUCCCCAUGUUAUGAAAACCUAAUUGAAUAUGCACCUAGAUUUUUGACUCUUUGGCGGUUGCAUCAUACCAACUGGGCUUUAAAAUCCUAUCAAACGAAAUCUUUUCCGAUUUCCGAUGGUCUUUUCAUCUCCGGCAAGACUCUGGUCAUCUUCUCUUAUGAGUCUCCGGCCAACAUGAUUUUUCCGGCAAGUUGUAACACACACAAAAAUCAAAUGAUCUUCAAGGUUUGUAGAUCUUCAUCGUGUUCAUCUUCUUCCUAGAAAUCAAACGAUCUCCAGAAGAGUUCGUGUAUAUGUGUUCAUGCUCGAACAUCAGAUAUGAGUUUUUGGAGCGAUUUUCAGAUCGGUGUGUUCAUGCUCGAUUUUGGAACACACACACACACACUUCUCUCUUCUCUCUUUUCUGAAGUCGGUUUUGGAACAACAUAAACUGAAAACCAUAAACUCCAGAACACCAUCAACUUAAAAUCUUAAACUCUAGAACUCGAUUUUAAUGGUGGCUUGGAGGUUGAAGAUGAUGAACAAUAAUACGAUGUGUAUGUAUGUGUGUGUUCAUCACAUAUCUGAUGUAUAUAUUGGACUUCUUUAGUUCAUGAGAAAAUAGAAAAAAGAGAGAGAAUAAGAGAAUAAAAACCUUAAAUAUGAAACAUAUAUGAUAUGUAUGUAUGUGUGUUCAUUUUUGUUUGUGUAUGUUCUUGAAUCUGGAAUAUAUAUGAAGUGUGUU